AGAGAACCGGAGAGAGGCGGUGAGCGCGCGCCGCGGACUCUCCCACUUUUCCCAGCAUGCUCUGCCCGGAUUACUCCCCGGGAGACGCGAUGUGAUGCCCCGGGUCACCGUGUGAGGUUGAAGCACCGGAACCCAAAACAAGCGACGGCAACAAAAAGCGGAUUAAAAUGCAGAAGGGCGUGCGGUACAACGAGGGCCACGCGCUCUACCUGUCGGUGGUCGCGCGCAAAGAGGGCUCCAAGCGCGGCUUCCUGAGCAGGAAGACGGCGGAGAACGGCCGCUGGGCCGAGAAGUACUUCGCGCUGCACCAGAACGUGCUCUUCUACUUCGACAACGACCAGAGCGCGAGGCCCUCGGGGAUAUACCUGCUGGAGGGGUGCGCGUGCGAGCGUGCACCUGCGCCCAAGGUGUGCGCCAUCAGCAAGGAGCCGCCGGAGAAGCAGCAGCACUACUUCCUGGUGAUCUUUGGCCACGAUGGACAGAAGCCGCUGGAGCUGCGGUCGGAGGAGGAGUCAGACUGCAACGAGUGGGUGGAGUGCAUCCAGCAGGCCAGUUACUCUGACAUCAUCAUGGAGCGUGAGAUCCUGAUGCAGAAGUACAUCCACCUGGUGCAGAUCAUGGAGACGGAGAAGAUCGCAGCCAAUCAGCUGCGCACUCAGCUGGAGGACCAGGACACCGAGAUCGAGAGGCUCAAGGCCGAGAUCGUGGUGGUGAACAGAACCAAAGGGAGGAUGCAGCCUCACCAGCUCAACCCGGAGGAGGAAGACCCCGACAUCAAAAAGAUCAAGAAGGUGCAGAGCUUCAUGCGCGGCUGGCUGUGCCGGAGGAGGUGGAAGAUCAUCGUCCAGGACUACAUCAGCUCGCCGCACGCCGAGAGCAUGAGGAAGAGGAACCAGAUCGUCUUCAACAUGGUGGAGGCGGAGACGGAGUACGUCCACCAGCUGUCCAUCCUGGUCAACUGCUUCCUGCGGCCGCUCCGCAUGGCGGCCAGCUCCAAGAAGCCGCCCAUCAGCCACGACGACGUCAGCACCGUGUUCCUCAACAGUGAGACCAUCAUGUUCCUGCACGAGAUCUUCCACCAGGGUCUCAAAGCUCGGAUCGCCAACUGGCCCACGCUGGUCCUGGCCGACCUGUUCGACAUCCUGCUGCCGAUGCUGAACAUCUACCAGGAGUUUGUGCGGAACCACCAGUACAGCCUGCAGGUUCUGGCCAACUGCAAACAGAACCGGGACUUCGACAAGCUGCUGAAGCAGUACGAGUCCAACGCGGCGUGUGAGGGCCGCAUGCUGGAGACCUUCCUCACGUACCCCAUGUUCCAGAUCCCGCGCUACAUCAUCACGCUGCACGAGCUGCUGGCUCACACGCCGCACGAGCACGUGGAGCGCAAGAGUCUCGACUUCGCCAAAUCCAAACUGGAGGAGCUGUCCAAGAUGAUGCACGACGAGGUCAGCGACACCGAGAACAUCAGGAAGAACCUGGCCAUCGAGAGGAUGAUCGUGGAGGGCUGUGACAUCUUGCUGGACACCAGUCAGACCUUCGUCAGGCAAGGCUCCCUGGUCCAGCUGCCGUCCAGCAGCGAGCGGGGGAUGCUCAGCAAGGUGCGCCUGGGCUCGCUCUCCCUGAGGAAAGAGGGCGAGCGGCAGUGCUUCCUGUUCACCAAGCACUUCCUCAUCUGCACGCGAACAUCUGGAGGGAAGCUCCACCUGCUGAAGCAGGGCGGCACGUUGUCCCUCAUCGAGUGCACCCUCAUCGAAGAGCUGGACGCCAGCGACGAGGACUACAACGCGGCCGGUCAGGGCUUCAACCACCUGGAGUUCAAGGUGGUGGUGGAGCCUCCGGACGGCGGCUCCUUCUCCGUCGUCCUGCUGGCUCCUUCCCGCCAGGAGAAGGCGGCGUGGACCAGCGACAUCAGCCAGUGCAUCGAUAACAUCCGCUGCAACGGCCUGAUGAGCAGCGUGUUUGAGGAGAACUCCAAGGUGUCGGUGCCCCACAUGAUCAAGUCGGACGCCCGGCUGCACAAAGACGACGUGGACAUCUGCUUCAGCAAGACGCUGAACUCCUGCAAGGUUCCUCAGAUCCGCUACGCCAGCGUGGAGCGGCUCCUGGAGCGGCUGACCGACCUGCGCUUCCUCUCCAUCGACUUCCUCAACACCUUCCUGCACACCUACCGCAUCUUCACCACGGCCGCCGUGGUCAUCGACAAGCUGGCCGACAUCUACAGGAAGCCGUUCACCUCCAUCCCCGUCAGGUCUCUGGAGCUCUUCUUCGCCACCAACCAGGGCUCGUGGGGGACGGACCCCCUGAACAACAAGUCCCCGAGGCUGGGCCGCAAGUUCUCCUCCCCGCCGCCCCUCACCCUCCCCUCCCGCACCUCCUCCCCCGUCCACUGCCGCAAGCUCUCGCUCAGCUCCCCCGUGGGGGGGAGAGCCGGCGCCCUGGACCUCUCCGCCACCCCCACCUCCUCCGCAGCCAACUCGCCCACCUCCACCCACGGCCCCCGCAUCCCCUCUCCUCCCCCCACCUCCGCCUGGCGUCCCUCCUCCGGCUUGUCCUCGCCGCCGCCCACCGCCCUGCGCUCCCCGGGCCUCCCCCAGGCCUCGGGGGUGUCCCCCCCACCGCCGCCGCUGCCGCCGCCGCCCCCCGGCUCCCCGGAGCCCGGCGGCGAGGACGUCAGCGGGGAGCUGCCUCGCAUCGACGCCUUCUGCGGGAAGCUGAGGCGGAGCAUCCGCAGGGCUGUCCUGGAGACCGUCUCUCUGGACAAGUUCUUCCCCGACGCGCCGGGCGGCGUCGAGGCCGGCGACGUGUCUCCGUGCCGCUCGCCGUCCACGCCGCGUCACCUCCGCUACCGGCCGCCCGGAGUCUCGCCGGGGGAGAACUCUCGCUGCGCCAUGUCGUCGGCGUCGGCCUUCGCCAUCGCCACCGCCGCCGCCGCCGGGCACGGCGGCUCCCAGGGUUUUACUGGUUCUGACAAAGUCUGCGACAAAGAGUUCAUCAUCCGGAGAGCCGCCACCAACCGCGUCCUGAACGUGCUGCGGCACUGGGUGUCCAAGCACUCGCAGGACUUUGACAUGAGCAGCGAGCUGAAGAUGGGGGUGAUCUGUCUGCUGGAGGAAGUGAUACGAGAUCCAGACCUGCUCCCCCAAGAGAGGAAAGCCACGUCCAACAUCUUAAGUGCCCUCUCUCAGGAGGAACAGGACGAUGCUCAGCUGAAGAUCGAGGACAUACUGCAGAUGAAAAGCUGCCCCCUCCUUCACUUCAUCGCGGCCGAGAGCCCGAAGGCCGAGUGCUUCGAGUCGCUCUCAGCGAUGGAGCUGGCCGAGCAGAUCACGCUGCUGGACCACAUCGUGUUCAGAGGGAUCCCCUACGAGGAGUUCCUGGGUCAGGGCUGGAUGAAGGUGGACAAGACGGAGAGAACUCCGUACAUCAUGAAGACCAGCCAGCAUUUCAACGACAUGAGCAACCUGGUGGCCUCUCAGAUCAUGACCCACACUGACGUGGGCUCCAGGGCCGGCUCCAUCGAGAAGUGGCUCGCCGUCGCCGACAUCUGCCGCUGCCUCAACAACUACAACGGCGUGCUGGAGAUCACCUCCGCCCUCAACCGCAGCGCCAUCUACAGGCUGAAGAAGACCUGGGCCAAAGUCUGCAAGCAGACCAAGGCCCUGAUGGACCGGCUGCAGAAGACGGUGUCGUCAGAAGGAAGGUUCAAGAAUCUCAGAGAGACGCUGAAGAACUGCAACCCGCCGUGCGUCCCCUACCUGGGCAUGUACCUCACCGACCUGGCUUUCAUCGAGGAGGGGACCCCCAACUUCACGAAGGAGGGCCUGGUGAACUUCUCCAAGAUGAGGAUGAUCUCUCACAUCAUCCGGGAGAUCCGUCAGUUCCAACAAGCACCUUACAGGAUAGAGCACCAGCCCAAGGUGACUCAGUUCCUCCUGGAUAAGACGCUAGUGAUGGAUGAAGACACCCUCUACGAGCUCUCGUUAAAGAUCGAACCCCGAGUCCCACCCGGCUGAUUAGAACUCACCUUCCUACCUUACAAUAUCAAUCACGGAUUGACAGAACUUGAGAUUCUCUCUUAAUUAAUACAGCAGAGGUUGUUUCACGAAACACCGCCAGUUAUUGUGCUUAGGAAACUCAGGGGACAAUGUGCCUUGUAUGAAUAUUCAAUGUGUUUAUUUAUGAAACAUAACAUGAUGUUUUUGAUGGCAGCAGCUGGAU